AUGAAUAUGAUGUGCUGCCUUUUGUGCUAUGAGAAUUUUGAUUCUCAUCCUCACUUAUUCUUCGAAUGUAAGUUUUCGUCUCAAGUUUGGCAUAAAGUGAGGCACAAGGUGGGUAUGUCUUCGGUUAACCCGAAGUGGAGGGAUAUUGUAGAUUGGCUUCUUGCUCGUGCUAGAUCAAAGUCGGUUGAGGUCUAUGUUGCUAAGCUUGUAGUGGCGGCUGGUUCUUACUUCAUAUGGCAAGAGAGGAACAAUCGUCUAUUCAAAAAUCAGCUGAGACCUCCGGAAAUGGUUAGUGAAGUUAUUUUGAAGACGGUUAGAUACAAACUUUUGGGAGCAAAGCUAAAGAAUACUAUGAAGGUGCGAAAGCUUCUAGAAGCUUGGGAUAUUCGUGGGGACACUGAAGACGAUGGUGGCGGCUAA